GGAUAAAACCCCCUCGGUGUGCUGGGGGGGGCUGCAGUCCGGAGCUGGUGGAGCCGCGGCCGCAUCCUGCCCACCCAUGACAGCCUUCCUGGCCACGCCGGGCGAGGGUCCCCCCUCGGGCACCGUCCCCGGGUGGGCGUGCGAGGGGCCGGGGGCCGGCGGCAAGAACCGGCGUGUGUGCCACGCCGCGGCACGGCUGGAGAUGGGCAGCCUCUGGGAGGAGUUCAACCGCCUGGGCACCGAGAUGAUCGUCACCAAGGCGGGCAGGAGGAUGUUCCCCACCUUCCAGGUGAAGCUGUCGGGGCUGGACCCGUCGGCCGACUACGUGCUGCUGAUGGACUUCGUCCCGCUGGAUGACAAGAGAUACAGGUACGCCUUCCACAGCUCCUCCUGGCUGGUGGCCGGCCGUGCCGACCCGGCAGCCCCCGGCCGUGUCCAUUUCCACCCCGACUCGCCCGCCAAGGGGGCCCAGUGGAUGCGGCAGAUCGUCUCCUUCGACAAGCUCAAGCUCACCAACAACCUCCUGGACGACAACGGCCACAUCAUCCUCAACUCCAUGCACCGCUACCAGCCCCGCUUCCACGUGGUGCUGGUGGACCCCCGGCGCGACAGUGAGCGCUUCGCCCACGAGAACUUCAAGUCCUUCAGCUUCCCCGAGACCCAGUUCAUGGCGGUGACGGCUUACCAGAACCACCGGAUCACCCAGCUGAAGAUCGCCAGCAACCCCUUCGCCAAGGGCUUUCGGGACGGGGACCCUGAGCCAUGGUGUGGGGGCACGCUGUCCCCCCCCCGGGCUGCCGCGCAGCAGAAAGGUCGUGGGGCUGGGGGCCGCGCUGCGCCCCCGCUGCUCCCCCGUGGCCGUGGGGCGCUGGCAGCCGUGGCCCCCCCCGGCUUCCCCACGCCGCCUUUCCAGCCCCUCGCCUACCCCCCCGGGGUCUACAUGGGGGCCAAACCCCGCGCCGGCCCCUACCCGCUGCCCCCCCUGCGGCCAGCUGGCUUCAGCAGCGCUGCGACCACCUUCGGCUAUGGGCAGCAGUGAGGGGGGACCCCCUGCGCCCCCCCCUUGGACCCUCA